UCUAAAUUGCAGGUUGGUUGCAAUUACAGCAGCCACAUCAUAAUAUCAAAACCUCAAGCUGCAAUUUAAAACCUUAACAUUCUAUGUUAUAUAUCUAGGUUAGGUUAAAGUUGGUAAUCACCAUGGCUACGACAAAGGCCCUUUUAUUCUUAGGUAGUGUUUUCCUCUUUUGUAGCUUGAUAGGUGCAUCACGUGGCCAUGGGACUCGCCGUAGCCUCCUUCCAAUUCCAAAUAGGGGUCCUGCAAUUUUUGAUGUAACAAAAUUCGGUGCGGUAGCAGAUGACAAGACCGACAAUAUUGAUGCAUUUAGGGCAGCAUGGGGAGAAGCAUGCAAAAACAGUACAACUCAUGCAAAGGUUUUGAUCCCAGCGGGAACUUUUCGGGCUGCUCAAACUAUGUUUGCGGGGCCAUGUACCAGCCCAAAACCUAUAACCGUUGAAGUUAUGGGAACUGUUAAAGCCAACACAGAUCCAUCUGAGUAUGUCAGUCCAGAAUGGUUCACAUUUCAAGACAUUGACGGCUUUGUGUUGACCGGAAAAGGAGUCUUUGAUGGCCAAGGAGCUGCUAGUUGGCCAUUCAACGAUUGCAAGCAGACCAAAGGCAAUUGUGCUCCUCUCCCAUCUUCCCUGAAAUUCUAUAAGGUGAACAAUUCGAUGGUGACAGACAUCACUUCAUUGAAUAGCAUGCAGUUCCACUUUCACCUCCACGGGUGUAGCAACGUUUCACUGUCGAACCUCAACAUAACAGCUCCAGGAAACAGUCCUAACACAGACGGCAUACACAUAAGUGCGAGUGAUAGGAUUAAGGUGUUGAACAGCACCAUCGGAACCGGCGAUGACUGCAUUUCCAUUGGACACAGCACCACAGACAUUUCUAUCACUAACAUUACCUGCGGCCCCGGUCACGGCAUCAGUGUUGGAAGCCUUGGUAAGAGGCCAGAGGAGCGAAGUGUGAAUGGCGUUACCGUUACCAAUUGCACGUUCCUCAACACGACCAACGGCGCCAGAAUCAAAACGUGGAUCGGGACGGUGCCAGCGGAAGCCAAGAACAUUACCUAUCAAGACCUCGUCAUGAACGGUGUGCACAAUCCCAUUGUUAUUGACCAGAGUUAUGGUUCCAAAAUGUUAAGAGCGCCAUCAACUUCGGUGUGGAAGAUCAGCAAUAUUCAUUUCCGUAACAUAAAAGGAACUACAGUCUCAAAUGUUGCGGUGUCUCUAGAGUGCAGCACACGGAACCCCUGCGAAGGUGUUGAGAUAACCGAUGUAGAUUUGACUUAUGCUGGUCGUCUGCUAAUUAAUACAACUUUUGCAUCCUCUUGUUUCAAUGCAAAAGCUAUUUUUGGAGGGAUAUUGAACCCACCACCUUGCUAAUUCUUUUUAUGGGGAACGAGCGUCUCAGGCUCUUACAGUUGCACCCAUGUACUUGAAAAAAAUAGAAAUAAAAAUAAAAAGAUUUGUCAAACUAUCAA